AUGGCCGCCGCCGCCACCACCAGCUCUGCGGCCGCGCCCGUCUCCCUCGUUGCGGCCAACCCGAAGUACCACAACGCGAAGGUGGACCCGGGUGACGAGGACGUGGAUGGGGAGGAUCUCCUGCAGCGGUUCAACUCGCAAGUGUACCGCGUGGGUGUCAAGGAGGAGAUCAGGCGGCGGCGGAGGCACGAGGACGCGCAGGACAAACGAAAGUCAGCGGCGAGGAGGUUCCGCCGCAAGUGCGUUCUUGAUCGAUAUGUUUUGUCGAUUCAUGCAUACUAG